GUUCUGCGCUCUCAUCAUGGCGGCGCGGGGCCAUGUGCAGGACCCCAACGACCGCCGCCUGCGGCCCAUCUACGAUUAUCUCGAUAAUGGCAAUAAUAAAAUGGCAAUCCAGCAAGCAGAUAAACUGCUCAAAAAGCACAAGGACCUUCACUGUGCCAAGGUGCUGAAGGCCAUUGGCUUGCAGAGGACUGGCAAGCAGGAUGAAGCCUAUGCCCUGGCACAAGAAGUAGCAGCACUUGAACCCACAGAUGAUAAUUCCUUGCAAGCACUGACCAUUCUCUACCGGGAAAUGCACAGACCCGAGCUGGUGACUAAACUUUAUGAGGCAGCUGUGAAGAAAGUCCCCAACAGUGAAGAGUAUCACUCCCACCUCUUCAUGGCCUAUGCCAGGGUUGGAGAGUACAAGAAGAUGCAACAGGCUGGAAUGGCACUUUAUAAGAUUGUUCCCAAAAAUCCGUAUUAUUUUUGGUCCGUGAUGAGCCUGAUCAUGCAGUCGAUCUCAGCACAGGAUGAAAACCUCUCCAAGACGAUGUUUUUGCCACUUGCUGAGAGAAUGGUGGAAAAAAUGGUGAAAGAGGACAAGAUCGAAGCUGAGGCUGAAGUGGAACUGUACUACAUGAUCCUGGAGCGUUUGGAGAAGUACAAGGAAGCCUUAGAUGUUGUGAGGGGAAAACUUGGAGAGAAGCUGACCAGCGAGCUGCAGAGCCGGGAGAACAAGUGCAUGGCCAUGUACAAGAAGCUGCACAGGUGGCCCGAGUGCAACGCGCUGGCCAGGAGGCUGCUGCUCAAAAACUCAGAUGAUUGGCAGUUUUAUAUAACUUACUUUGAUUCAGUGUUUCAACUCAUUGAUGAAUCCUGGACGCCUCCAGCAGAGGAAGAGCACUCUCUGGAAGGAGAGGUGCACUGCUCCAUCGAGCAGGCUGUGAGCUUCAUCGAGGAGAGGAUAACAGAGGAGUCCAAGAGCUCGCGGCCGCUGCGGGGGCCGUACCUGGCCAAGCUGGAGCUGAUCAGGCGCCUGCGACACCGCGGCUGCAACGACGAGUACAAGCUGGGAGAUCCAGAAGAACUAAUGUUCCAGUACUUCAAAAAAUUUGGGGACAAGCCCUGCUGUUUUACUGAUCUCAAAGUGUUUGUGGAUCUCCUCCCACCCAGCCAGUACCCAAAGUUCAUCCGGCAGCUGCUGGACGUGAUCCCGCUGGCGGCGGCGGCCGAGAACGAGGUGGCCCUGCCGGGUGACAUCAAGGCCCUGCAGCAGCACCUGUGUGUGGUGCAGCUCUCCAGGCUGCUGGGGAUCUACCACGCCAUGGAGAAGAAGCAGAAGCUGGCAGUGGUGCGGGAGCUGAUGCUGAGAUACCGCCACGGCUUGGAGUUUGGGAAAUCUUGUUUGAAAACUGAACUGCAGUUUUCAGAUUAUUACUGCCUGCUUGCAGUUCACCUGCUGCUUGAUCUGUGGCUGGAAGGUGAAGAGGCAGCCGUGUGGCAGUGCCUGACUCUCCUGGAGGAGGGGCUGUCUCACAGUCCCUCCAAUGCUCAGUUUAAGCUGCUGCUCAUCCGGAUCUACUGCCGGCUCGGCGCCUUCGAGCCCGUCUCGGAGCUCUACUCCAGCCUGGACGCCAAGCACAUCCAGCAUGACACCAUCGGUUAUCUCCUGACACGCUACGCCGGCUCCCUGGGCCACUACGCUGCUGCUUCCCAAUCCUGCAACUUUGCACUCAGGUUUUUCCACUCCAACCAGAAAGAUACCUCAGAGUACAUCAUCCAAGCCUACAAGUACGGGGCAUUCGAGAAGAUCCCGGAGUUCAUCGCCUUCAGGAACAGGCUGAACUCCUCCCUGCACUUCGCGCAGGUCCGCACUGAGCGCAUGCUGCUGGAUCUCUUACUUGAAGCAAAUAUAACAACCAGUUUAGAAGAAAGUAUAAAGUCCAUGAGUCUGAGCCCAGAGGAGGAUGACAUUCCAUGGAAAGAUCUGCGUGACAACAGAGACCUGACAGUCUUGUUUAGCUGGGAUCCAAAAGACAGGGACAUUUCUGAGGAACAUCGGAAGCUCUCCCUGGAGGAGGAAACGCUGUGGUUGCGAAUCCGGUCUUUAACGUUGAGGCUGGUGAGCGCGCUCCCAACUCUUGGUCACACCAUCCAACCAAAGAAUUCUGAAAAGACUGCAGAGAACGGUGUCUCAUCCAAGAUUGACACCAUCCGAGCCCUGCUGCAGCAGCUGGAAGCGGCGGUGGAUUCAGGGAAGAAGUUUCUAGAACAAAAAAUCCAGUAUCCUGUCCUUGGCCCUCCUCCUACCCGAAUGGCUGGCUUCUUCAGCAAUGGCAGCUGUCAGUGCCAGACUAGCUUGUUUUAUCUUGUUAGUGAUAUUUAUGAACUAGAUACCAAUGGCUUAGAAGAUUCAGCAGAAAUCCAGGAAAGAAUAGGGAACAGUUUCAAGUCUUUAGUAGAACGACUGACAGACUUGUUCAAUAAAUGUAAAGGUGAUUUGAUUGAAGUCAGAGAUGGCACCUUGAAAACUCAUCCAAAUCUGUUAGAAAACCUAGUCUUCUUUGUUGAGACGAUCUCCAUUGCCCUGUGGGUAUCGAGUUACUGUGACAGCGUCCUCCGACCUUUUAAAUCCAACCUGCAAAAAAAGAAGAAGAAAAAAAAAGAAAGCAGUGUAGCAAUGCCACCUGUAUUUACCCAUUUCCUGGAUUAUGUAACUGAGCUCCAGACGUUAACUUCCAAUGUAAUAGAUCAUAUCAAAGGGCUUGAAAUCAUUCUGACUGCACUAAAACUUGAAGAACUGUCCCUCAAGGACACUCUGCUUUUACAGGAAGAAAAAAAGUUUACAAAGACUGUGCAAGGGAAGGUCCAGAGCAGUUACCACCACUCAGUUCAGGAAAUUGGAGAGCUGCUGAAAAAGAGACUCGAUACCAUUAAAAAACUAAAGAUUUGAGCAAUGCAUCCCUGACAGACUCCACAGGGGAGUGACACCAGAGUCCCAGACAGAAGCAACAUCCACUCUACCAUCACUUUAAUCCAGAACUUCCUCAUAAUGCAUGAAGGACUUAAAAUCAUGAAACAAUUUUUUUAGGUAUUACAGAUGUAUUGAGCUGAUUUAAAUUAUUGUACAUAAAAGAAGCAGGGACCCUUCCUGGGGUUUGACCACUUUUUAUACAUGUUCAUAAGCAUAUUGCAGCAGGAGAAAAUUCACUUUCUUCCCUUUUGAUCUCUAGAACCAACUGGAGAUGGUCUUUAGAAGCAGCAAUAGCAAUCCAGUAUAAAGCAUCUAUCUCCAAGGAUCUUUUCAUCACCAUACAGUGUUUAUAAUUUUUGUAUGGUCCUUGCCUUAGAAAUGCAGGAAUUGUAAGAUGUCCACGUUCAGCCACCUCUGAUGAGCCCAGCUUGGAGCUGCCUGUCUCGUCUGCAAACCCAGCUGGUCCUGCUGACAGAAUUCCAUGUGUUGGUCCAUCAGGGAGAGGUGAGACCUCCAUGGGCUGGGAAUCAUCCGGAGCUGGGGCAGGAUCCUCCAGGAGAGAGCGGGAGGGAGGAGGUGUCUGUGCACAACUCGGGAAAACUGCAAGUGUGACGAGGAGCAAACUUCAGAAGAGAGAGAUGGGAAUGGGUGUUUCAGAAAAAAAUAAGACAAAAAGAGAGACCUUGUAAAUAAUGGCUGCAGUGAAGUGUGACACUGCGCUGGUAUCAUGUCAGUUUAAUGUCAAACAGCAACGUCAUGACUUCUAAAAAGUGUAUUUAGAUUACUGAAACUUUAAGACUUCAAUAUUUUAAUAGAAAUGGAAUCCUA